GGAGGGAGGAGGCGAGACCACGACUGGUACCAAGUUAGACGUCAAGUGCCAAGCUCAACGCGCGUGUCACAGAUUGUGUCCGUAGCCGUUUUGCCUCGAGGCGGGGGGGGGCGCCAGCCGCCACGGCGCCAUGCGGGCCCAGCGGCAUCCGCGAUCGGCGCCGGCAGCGGCUGCCCCGCCGACGGCGGUGCCGUGUCGGCAGUACGCGGAUUUCCUCACAGGGCCGGCGCUCGCUGAGGCCGGCCCGCGCAUCGGGUCUCUCGCAGCAGCGCUCGCUGCGCCGUCGGAUGCGCCCAGCAACGACCAGGAUGCAGUCUUCACGAGCGCCUCGUCCACGAAGGAGCCAUGGCUGCAGGUGGCUUGGUUGGCAGACCUCCUCGCAGUCCGGCCCACUGCCUUGGCUGUCCAGCGCACGGGGCUUGCCCACCUCGGCGUCGCAGUGUCCUCGGCGGCCCACCAGACGGUCAACGUGGUGUUGCCGUUUAUCAACCAGGCCGUUGGGGGCGAUGUCGUCACGUUCGCAAACAUCACUGCGGGGUCGAGCACCCUCAACCUCGUCGGAGGUGUGGUGAUGGGUACGAUCUUCGAUUGGUGCGGGACGAAGUCCGCUCUGUUGCUGGUGCAUUCAUCGGCUUUGGUGACGUCGCUUAUAGUUGCGACCGCGCCAUCCGUGCCCGUGUUGUACCUCAGCGCAUUGCCAUUCUUCUUCAUGCACGGCUUCCAGGUGUCCAUGCAGGUGGCCAGCAGGCAAUCCGAGUCGGACGCGCGGGCCACUGCCCUGGGGCGCAUCGCUAUUGCACAUGGUGUUGCAUUACUCUCCAGCGGCGUCAUCGUGACGGCGUCGCUCAGGACUUUCGCCCCGCGCCAAAUCGCGGGCGUCGCUGUCGUGGCCGAGGCUGGGCUAGUGCUGGUGCUUGCAGCCCUCUACCCCUCCGACACCGCGCACGCAGACGUGGCGGGUGGCGAGGCGGGGGAGGAGGCAGAGGCUUGCAGCGAGGUCGAGCCACGAGGGAAUCGUGCUGGUCUGCUGCGGGUGCUUCUUACGCCCGGUGUGCUGCCCGUGCUGGCUUUCCAGACAGCUCUCAAUGCAGCUGGAGGCAGUGUAGUCUUCAUGGCGCAGCAGUUCGCGGUGGACCCCUUCGGCUUUUCUCCCCACCAGGUGGCAAUGCUGAUGGCCUACUCCGGGCUUCUGCAGAUAGCCUCGCAGACACUCGUCUUCGAUGACGUCGACCCUCGCCCCCUGUGCUGGGGCACCGCGACCUUCCUCGGGGCGGGCCUCGUCGGCAUGGGCCUGGCCUCCCCCUCGCCGUGGGCCUUUGUGUUCUGGCUGGCGCCGGUGAACAUGGUCCUGUGCUCGGGCAACGUGAUGAUCAGCUCGCUCCUCACGAGAGCCACUCCCCAGGCGGAGAUGGGCACGGCAUUGGGCCUCAACGUGGCCACCGUGCCAGCGGGGCAGCUCGUGGCCGUGACGGUGGCCGCGCGGGUGUACCGGGCGCACGGCUUCGCCGCCGUGCCGCUCCUCGGGGCGGGCCUCCUGUUUGCCGCGGCGGCGGCAUUCGACGCCGUGAUGCCGGGCAUGCCGCUGGACGCGAGGCCAGCAAGGUCGCCGGCAGUUGCGCCAGCAGCGCUCCCGACCUGAUGAGCGGGCACCAGCGGGCGCCCGGGGCGUGGAGCGUACUGCUCGCAUCCGCGGGGGGCCCCCGCGCCCCCCGCGGUGAGAGGAGCGGCCGGCCUCCCGCGCGGCACUGCUUGGGACAA